AUGGCUAGCGGCCAAGCCGCCGACAUGAGUUUGAUGGACAUCUCAAAGAUCUUCUCCCUGCUGCAGCCCAAGGAGGAGGACGAGGACGGCGAGCAGUGUCAGGCCCUGAACGACGCGGUGAGCGGCGACAACGCCGCCCUGCUCUCGGAGCUGCUCUCUCAGGAGGGUUACAGGCGGUGCAUCAACGCUCACAGUGGCUGGGGGGUCCCCGUGACCCCACUGCGCACCGCCGCCGCCCUCGGCCACCUCAAGUGUGUGGAGGUGCUGUUGGAGCAUGGCGCGGAGAUAGACAGUUUGGACGUGAAGGCCCAGACCCCUCUGUUCACAGCCGUCAGCGGCAAACAUCUGGACUGCGUGGUGGCCCUGCUGAAAGCCGGGGCCGACCCCAACGGCAGCCCCUACAACAACUGCUCCCCGCUGCUGACCGCCGCCCGGGAGGGCGACGUGGACGUGCUCCGGGAGCUGCUGCGCUUCGGGGCGGAGGUGGACGUCCGACCCAAGGUCCCCGAGUGGGCCUCCAACGCCACGGCCUGCAGGGGCCCGCUCUACAUCUCGGCCGUGUACGGGCACCUGGACUGCUUCAGACUGCUCCUGCUCCGCGGCGCCAACCCCGACUACAACUGCACCGACCAGAAGAUGCUGGCCAGGAUCAAGCAGCCGAAGACGGUCCUGGAGGUGUGCCUCCGCUACGGCUGCGGGGUGGAGUACAUUCAGCUGCUCAUAGACUUCGGGGCCGACGUGUUCUUGCCCACGCUCAUCAUCGAUAAAACCACAAAGCAGAACGAAGCUCUGCUCCUGCUGCUGAAGGAGAGAGUUUGCCCCAAAACACUGAUGUCAGAAACUCGGCUGGCCAUUCGACGAUACAUCCCCGUUGCCAUCAAGGAGCCGGCUAUCGACCGUCUGGACAUUCCUCUCAUCCUGAAGAAUUACUUAAAGCACGCCACAUCUGAACUGGGGUGA